CGUGAAACAUCAAUAACAAUUUUUUUUCAUUCCUCUUCCAUUCUUCUUUAGAACAAAGAUACGUCCGAUUACUGACGUAGAUUAAUCUUCUAAAGGCAUCUGUAUAACGCUGAAAGAGUCACAAGACUUGAGCAGAUCGAAAAACAGGAAUAGUUUCUCUGCAUGGCUUUUUUCAUGGCUUAAUUUCCUCUUAUCAUCUAUAUCCAUUCACAGACCUAAAUUCCAUCGCGCAGUAAUAACUUAAAUGUAUUUUUGACCGUGCUGGUAAGAUACUUAUCGCAUAUCAUGCCAGUCGAUAUCGGUUUCAUCACGGGAAUCGUUAUAAGCGGAAUUAUAAUAAUCGGUGUGAUUGGAAACGUUAUGACCUUAUUCGUGAUAAUCCGUUACAAACCGUUACGGAAUGAAACUGGAAUGUUUCUGGCAAAUCUCGCUGUGGCAGAUCUCUUGCAGUCGAUCAUUGGGAUGCCUCUGAUAGCUGCUUCAGCUUUUCACAAACUAUGGCUGUUUGGUGAAUCUCUUUGUGUAAUAAGUGGGUUGACCAACUCGCUCUUCUGUGUGACAUCUGUUUUGACGCUCACAGCAGUAUCUGUUGAUAGAUGGCUAUCAAUUGUAUACCCACUCCAGUACAGAAAUUGGUUGACUGUCAGAAGAGCAAGGUUUACAUUGGUUUACAUCUGGAUACAUGCUCUAUUUGUGGCGAUUCUUCCUGUGUUUGGUUGGUCAAGGUAUGUUUAUUUGCCUUAUGAGUUCAUCUGUACAGUCCAAUGGGAAAGCGAUAAGAGUUACACGAUGUUUCUUAGCGCGACAAGUUUCGUGACACCCGUGAUCGUCGUGGUGCUGUGUUACUCAAGUGUCUUGAAAACCGCUCGUCGUAAAGCGCGCGAGGAACCACGUGUCACGGUUGGCCGUUUUAGUGGGUCGAAUGUGAAGCCUGGUACGAGUAGCACGGAAGAAGCUUUCGAUAAAAAUUGCGAUAAUUCAGAAAAAUAUGUUCGCGGAAAUGAAAAUCAUGUAUUCAUUUCAAAUUCAAAGAAGAGGUGGGAGAAAAGUGUCUUUGAGGAAUGUUAUAUCGGGCCGGAAAAAUCAGAAUCGACCUCACUUAAAAUGGAAGAACACCGUGAUGAGAUUGAACGUGACUCUGAGCUGAGUUCGACAUCUACGAUUCGGAAAAAAGAAACAAAGAGAAAAUCCUCAUCUAGAGUCGUUCCCUCGAGUACAAGUGGAGUGGCUCAAUUAAAUACUGUCGUAGCAGCCAAAGGUUGCUCUAAAAUGGCUGGAAAAGGCAAACACCCCAAGAACUUUAGUACCUCUUCCUCUCGUAGAACUGGGGCGUCCCGUGUUAAUAAAGUUGACGUCGCUGCACCGGUAAUAAACCGCUGGACAGAGGAUAUCUCUCUAAGGAAGGAUUCGACGGUUAUUCCAGGAGAAACCGAGGGAAAGAGAUACCCUCUUUCCCGAACAAUAACAGCUACCGCCGGGUUGCCGGAACCCCUCGCUCGAAUGCGCGGAUGGAUGAACGAGCGGAAAAAGGGAGACGGGCGACAUAAGAGGAAGGAGAUGAAGAUCACGUUUAUCCUGCUUGUGGUAAAUGGCACGUUCCUUCUCUGUUGGUUUCCUCAUUUUAUUGGAAUGAUGUGUUUAACCUUUACAAACGGCUUGUGCCCAUUCCCCGACAGUUACCACAUCAUCACCACCACGCUGGCUAUGUUGAACAGCGGUUGCAACCCAUUUAUAUAUACCCUGACUUACCGGAAAUUCAGAAGUGGGUUUCAGGCAGUAAUUCCAUGUUUUCGCUCUCAUAACGCUGCUGAAUUAGAAAAUUCUGUGGAUUAACCUUUCUGUUAACCCGCGAAAAAAAUGUUCUCCUUCUAAUAAUGCAAAAAAAUUUUAGCAGCUCUUCUGAAUGGAUAGGGACAAUAGGCGAAAGUCUUCGCAAACAACUGGUAGCAUUACCUGCACGAAAAGCGUCACCAGUUCUCGCUCGUUCCUGCGACUUUCUGUGACCUCACCGUGGUAGAUCUGGGAAGGACAUUAGUAGUUGCUAGGACAACGUAACUGACAGUGAUAUUGAAAUAUCGUAUAGAAGUCGUGUAUUUUGAGACUGCAAACCUUUUUCGAUCAAUACGCCAUGGAAAGCGAGCAGAACAUUUUCCUCGGUUCACCAUCGAGGUUAUUCAGUCUUUGUUAAACCUCUCCCCAUUGACUUCGAUAUAACAAAUUGAUCCGCGGUUGAGGGAAUAAAUCAUUUAGACUGAUGUCUCCGUUUGACAAGUGACAUUUAUAUUGUUUCCUCAGAAGACUUAUCAGGUAUUUUGGCGCCAUUCAUGAUGUUAAUCCUUUUGGAAUUUAAACGUUUAAAACAGUUUCCCAAAGUCAACAUCAAUUUUAGCCACGGAUGAGCUUUUAUAAGGACAUCCAGGAAGACUUAAUAAAGAAAUUAUGACAAGGCUGCAUUAAAGACACAUUUUACGAGAGCUUUUCAAUAUUCGAUGAAUUUCUGUUUCCACGUAAUCCGUGAGUUGAUGUUCUUUCAGGCUUUUAUAGAUCAAAACAAAUUUGAAAAAAAAAAUUUGCAAAGAAAUUAAUUAACACCUCGUUAGCAAGAGAAGAUUCCAAAAUUAAUUACAUUACUUAAGAUCCUGAAUUUGUCGGAUGAUAUUAGUUGAAUAAGAGGCACCAAGUGAAGCUCUGAGAAAAAUGUUUAUUACAGUCGUUUAUGGGGGUAAGUCUGCAACUUUAUCAGUGAAGGUAUCUAGCAAACAUAAGUGCAACAUAAAUGCAGCUUCUUUCAUAGAUGACUGAAAAAGUUAUUAAGGAUCUUCAAAGCAGACAGAAAUUAAACAAAUAUCUAAAAGGCUCUUCACAUUUGAACUUUGUCAGGUAAAGAGGAGUACUCGUUAAAGUUUGGUAUCAUUAAGGGUUUCUGGAGUAUAGUUUAGUCACGAUAUUUCAGUGAAUACUUAAACUCUUUAAACCCUUUAGCACACCUCUGUAUGUAUUUUGGCCAUACUGUUCUCUAUAGAUUUCGUUGUGAGCUGACAAGGAGAAUUUGUUUAAUAAUCAAGAGCUUCUUA